GCAAGCGGAUAAAUUGCCGCACGAGAACGAUCGACCAUCUUCGAGCCAUGUCCUCGGCGGUGGAGCGAAAACCCUAACACUGUCGUUUGCCCUCUUCCAUUCACGUCUCCCAGCACAAAAAAUUCUUUUGGAAGCAGCACCAUGCUUCCAUUUUCUUCUACCCUAUCGAGCCAGAUACGUUUCCUCCUGCAGAGUGCGAGCCCUUCCACUUUCGAUUCGCUUUUUCGCGAGCUCUGCCAGUACGAAGAGUAUGGAUGUGAAGGCAGCAUUUUAUUGCUUCAAGGUUGCUUAGAUCUACUGAAUUACAGUAGCGUAAACCCUAAUCUGCAAUCACCACUGGGCCCUGUGUCUGCUAUUUUCAAGCAUCUAUUGCAUAGGCCAAAUUUCACUACAAUUUUUUGUGAGUCAUUGCGAUUAACAUCAACGAGUGAGGCAUACUUGGCAGAUCUUUCAAACACAUUGAAGCUUUCAAAUGCAGAGAAAGUUGGUGUUGGUCUAGCAUUAUCAGAAUCGGAUAAUAUCGACUUGAAAGUCAUAGGCCAAAAUUUUUGCAUUCUUCAGAUUGAAGAACUUUGUUCAAGUCCCACCUCUUCCGACCAUAAUGAACAAAUUCAGGAUAUCUUUAUGUUUUUAUGCUGGUCUGAGGGCCUUUCAAAGCAUGCAGAUUCUUUUACAAAAAUCUUGUCAUUAAUACCUACAAACGAGAGAUUUUUUUUGGUAGGAGCCUCAGCUCAUGUAGAUGAUAUGAAUGAAACCAAUAUGCUGGGGCAUUUAGAUGCACUUUUAGAAUGUUCUGAUAAUGAUUUUGAGGCAGUUUUAGUUGAGAUGGAAAAGGAAAUAAGCAUGGCUGAUAUCAUGAGGGAACUUGGCUAUGGAUGUACUUCCAAUACUUCACAUUGCACAGAGAUGCUCUCUCAUUUUCUACCUCUAACAGAAGCGACGCUUUCCAGGUUGAUAAGUACAAUUAUUUCUACCAGAACAGGUCUGGAAGAUGAUCUGGACAUACAUUAUACAUUUUGCUCAGCUGUUGGCAGCAGCUUGCCAUGCGAAUCAUCAUCUUUCAACACUUGGAAUGUUGAUAUUCUUGUGGAUUCAGUUGGGCAACUGGCUCCAACAAUCAACUGGGUGAAUGUCAUGGAGAAUCUAGAUCACGAAGGAUUUAACAUUCCCGAUGAAGCAUCUUUUUCUUUAUUAAUGUCUGUAUACAAAAAAUCUUGCCAGGAUCCAUUUCCUCUCCAUGCUGUUUGUGGGUCUAUCUGGAGGAAUGCAGAAGGGCAGUUGUCUUUAUUAAGGCAUGCAGUGUCUGCUCGACCUGAUGUAUUCACUUUUGCUCAUUCUUCAAGGCACUUGAAUCACUCAGAUUCGUUUCAGUUUGCAAAUAAAGAAGGCAAUCAUGCAUGGUCAUGUCUAGAUCUCUUGGAGGUUUUAUGCCAGUUGGCUGAGAGGGGACACAUAAGUACAGUUCGCAUGAUGCUUGAGCAACCCCUCAGUCAGUGUCCCGAAGUCCUACUUGCAGCAAUUUCCCAAAUCAGUACUACAUACAACUUCCUCCAGUCUGAAGUCUUUUCAAUUUUGUUUCCUGCAAUACUAAAGGAUCCGAUGAAGACUAGUUUGAUUCAUUAUGUUUGGCGUGCUCAUCCUAAUCUGGUAUUACGGAGAUUUCUUGAUGUUUACACAGACCCAAUCUUCCUUUUGAGAAUACUGGAUAUUUGCCAAGAGCUGAAGAUUUUAGCAACUGUAUUGGAGGUGGCUCCUUCUUCUUUUGGCAUCAAAUUAGCCACUAUUUCUUUUAGAAAGGAGCAAACAGCCCUAGAAAAGUGGUUAACUGAUAAUUUAAACACACACAAAGAUGCCUUCUUUCAGGAUUGCCUUAAAUUUCUUUCAGAACUAUCAAAUAUGGGCGAUAUACCUGAUGGAUCUUUGGACCAAUCUAGAGCAUCUAUUAUGAGUGCAUACCUGGAGGCAUUGUCUAUAUUCUUGAAGGUUCUUCAAGCCCACUCUGGGCAAUUUUCUCUCCAACUUUCUGAAGAAUUGAAUAGGCUUGUUGUUCUGUGUACUACAAAAAAUCAAAGCUCUGUAUGCAAUGCUGAUUGGAGCACUGAUGAGAUUGAGGCAGAAGCAAAUGCUUGUUUUCAACAAAUGUUUGCUGGAGAGCGUUCAGUUGAAGACAUGGUUCAAAUGCUUGCUCGUUUCAAAGAAUCUUCUGAAAGGAGGGAGCAGAAGAUCUAUGAAUGCAUGGUUUCUAAUUUAUUCGAGGAGUACAAGUUCUUCUCCAAAUAUCCUGACAGACAACUUAAGAUAGCAGCUAUUCUUUUUGGUUUGCUUAUAAAGCACCAGCUUGUGACUCAUCUUUUUCUGGGUAUUGCCUUGCGUGGCGUUCUUGAUGCAUUACGCAAAUCUAUUGAUUCAAAGAUGUUUAUGUUUGGCACUAAAGCUUUGGAGCAGUUCAUGGAUCGUUUGGUGGAAUGGCCACAGUAUUGCAAUCAUAUUUUGCAGAUAUCUCAUUUGCGCAGCACACAUGCUGACUUGGUUUCUGUGAUUGAACGGACUCUUGCUAGAGUUUCUUCAAGCCAGGUGGAAUCAAAUGGAGUACACAAUCUCUCUACAGAGAUGCAACAAGUUUCUGCACAAGCUUCUGUUGAAAGCAUGGAGGCAAUUGAGGGUUCAUGGCCGCUAAUUGGUUCCAGCUCUACUCAGCAGUUUGGGCAACAGCCUCCUCCUUUUCAGCAGAUGCAACCACAGCUUAGGCAUCAAGGUUUUCUCGGGGACAGACUCAAACCUACUCCAAAUCCUGUAAGCUAUGCCAAGCCUAUUCUAUCUAAUCCCGGGCAACCUUCUUCCUUGUCUUCAUCAGGAGAAUCUGUCACAAACCCUAAGUUGACAGCAUCUCAACCUCAACCUCAACCUCAACCUCCAUCUUCUCAGCAUUUGGCUGGUUCUGCAACUACUGCUUCACCUUCUCCUGCUUUUCUACGUCCUCCCCGCAACAUGGCAACUUCUGUUGUGCUUCGGCAACCCUCUCAAAACACAGGAUUUGGGGCUGCUUUGAACAUUGAAACGCUUGUCGCAGCAGCUGAACAGAGAGAUACACCAAUGGAAGCCCCUGCAUCAGAAGUUCAGGACAAAAUUUUAUUCAUUGUUAAUAAUAUUUCUACUGCAAAUAUGGAAGCAAAAGCAAAAGAAUUUACUGAAGUUCUUAAAGAGCAGUAUUAUCCCUGGUUUGCACAGUAUAUGGUGAUGAAGAGAGCAAGUAUUGAGCCAAAUUUUCAUGAUUUGUAUCUAAAAUUCUUAGAUAAAGUUAACUCAAAGACCCUGAAUAAGGAAAUUGUUAAAGCUACUUAUGAGAACUGCAAGGUAUUAUUAAGAUCAGAUCUUAUAAAAUCAAGUUCAGAGGAACGGUCCUUGUUGAAAAAUCUUGGUAGUUGGCUUGGAAAGUUCACAAUUGGUCGGAACCAAGUUUUACGGGCUAAAGAAUUGGACCCCAAAGUGUUAAUUAUAGAGGCUUAUGAAAAGGGGUUAAUGAUUGCAGUUAUUCCAUUCACAUCAAAGAUUCUUGAACCAUGUCAAAACAGUUUGGCAUAUCAACCUCCAAAUCCAUGGACAAUGGGCAUUCUUAGUUUACUUGCUGAGAUCUACAAUCUGCCAAGCCUCAAGAUGAACCUUAAAUUUGAUAUUGAGGUAUUAUUUAAGAAUCUGGCUGUCGAUAUGAAAGAUGUUAAACCAACUUCUCUACUGAAAGACAGGGUUCGCGAUGCAGAAGCAAAUCCUGACUUUUCAAAUAAGGAUGUUACUGCACCCCAAGCACCAAUAAUUGCUGAUGUUAAUUCUGGAAUUGUACCUUCUAUGAAUCAAGCAGAACUGCACCAAGAGGCUAAUAACACAUCUAACGCAGCUAACCAUCAAAAUGCAUUGAAUCAGUAUACUGCUUCUCUCCACCUUGUGUCAAGCACCAUGGUUGAUGACGAGAAAGUUGGGGGUUUAAUGGUUCCAGAACGACCUGUUCAGGGUUUGCCUCAAGUCACGCCAUCACACUCUCCAUUUUCUCUUAGCCAGCUUUUGACAAUAAUACCCAAUUCCGAUUCUUACAUAAACAUCAAUCCGAAGCUUAGUUCGAUGGGCUCACAGUUGCAAUUUCAGAGAAUCAUACAAGUUGCAAUGGAUAGAGCCAUCAAAGAUAUAGUAGCACCUGUUAUUCAGCGUAGUGUUACUAUAGCAAGCCGUACUACUAAGGAACUUGUUUUGAAGGACUAUGCUAUGGAAUCUGAUGACAAUGUUAUAUCACGUGCUGCACAUUUGAUGGUUGGAACUUUAGCCGGAAGUUUAGCCCAUGUCACUUGCAAGGAACCUCUUCGCAUUGCUUUGUCUAAUAAUCUUCGCAGUCUACUUUCUGGAAAUGUGAGCAGUGAACGUAUAGAACAGGUUGUGCAGAUUUUGUCAAAUGAUCAUCUUGACCUUGGCUGUGCAAUGAUUGAGAAUGUAGCAUAUGAAAAGGCAGCAGAGCUUAUAGAUGCAACUAUAGGUCCAUCAUUUGCUGCAAUUAGGAAACAGAGGGAGUCUGCUGGUUCUGCAUAUUAUGAUGCCGGUGCCUAUUCUCAAGGUCCGUUUGCUCAGGUACCUGAAGCUCUUCGUCCUAAGCCUGGGCGUCUUUCUGUUGCUCAACAGAGGGUUUAUGAUGACUUCAUCAGGAGUAUAUGGCAAAAUCAGUCUAGCCAGAGCACUUCUGUGGCUCCUAGUGGCCCAGCCAUCUCGAGCGGUAAUUCCUUAAGUACUACACCUCGUGGUUAUGGUUCAGCUUUGGGUCAAUUAAAUCCUAGCAUUUAUCCAAAUCCACAAGUGGCUCCUAGUUUUAGCUCAGUUGCUCAAUCUUUGGAUACACUUUCUGAAGAGCCUGACCGUGGCUCAUUGCAUCUUAGUGAUGGUGUUGUCCAGCCAAGUUCUGAAAUCAAUUCCAUUCCUACGUCUUUUCCUUCUGCCACGACCUCUGUUGCAACCUCUGCAGAUUUGCUAAUAGUGGAACCAUCGUCAGUUGCGAAAGAAUGGGGUGUGGUCUUGCCACCGACACCUGCAGCUCAGGGAACAGAGCGAUCUGGAGCUACAUUAUCCGAGGCAUUAUUAACAACUGGGGAUGCUCUAGAGAAAUACCAACUUGUUGCUCAGAAGUUGGACGCCUUAAUUGCGAAGGAUUCCCGAGACGCUGAUAUUCAGGGAGUUAUUGCUGAGGUUCCUGAUAUAUUACUUAGAUGUGUUAGCAAGGAUGAGGCCGCCUUGGCUGUUGCACAAAAGGUAUUUAAAAGUUUGUACGAGAGCUCAUCAAAUGCUGUUUAUGUUGGUGCAUACCUUGCAAUUCUUCUGGCUAUACGAGAUGUUUGCAAGCUUGUUGUUAAAGAGCUUACUAGCUGGGUAAUUUACUCUGAUGAAGAACGCAAGUUCAACAGAGAGAUUACCAUUGGCCUUAUUCGUUCUGACUUGCUAAACCUUUCUGAGUACAACAUGCAUAUUGCAAAACUUAUCGAUGGGGGACGGAAUAAAGCUGCUACGGAUUUUGCAAUAUCUCUUGUUCAAGCUUUGGUCAUAAAUGAACCUGGAGUUAGUGUGUCUGAGUUGUAUCAUCUUAUUGAUGCUUUGACAAAGUUAGCAAUGAGGCCAGGAUCACCAGAGUCUUUGCAGCAGUUGAUUGAGAUUGCCAGGAAUAACUCUACGGGUGCAAACUCUCUUGCUAGCUCUACUGCAAGCAAGGAUGAGAAAACUAGGCAAUCUAAAGACAAAAUGCAAGUUCUUAUAAGCCGAUCUGCAUCAUCUAGAGAAGAAAAUGAUUCUGGAGGUUCUGAUCCUGCUGGCUUUCGUGAGCAGGCUUCUCUCCUCUUUGCUGAGUGGUGCCGGAUCUGCGAUCUACACAUUGCCAAUGAUACUGCUUAUACUAAUUAUUUAGCCCAAUUGCAGCAGGCUGGGCUGCUUAAGGGUGAUGAUACGACAGAUAUAUUUUUUCGUGUUUUGACGGAACUCUCUGUGGCACAUUGUCUAUCCUCUGAACAAGCCGGUAUUACAGGAUCAUUGCCAAUUCAGUCAACUCAAAUUCAUAACUUUUCUUUUGGUACCAUUGAUGCAUUUGCGAAACUCGUCGCUUUUGUUGUGAAGUACGGUACAGCGGAUACAGGAACGAGUAAAGUUGUCUUUUUACCGAAGAUUCUGUCCGUGUUAGUGAGAGCAAUUGUAAAAGACGCAGAAGAAAAGAAAGUAUAUUUCAACCCAAGGCCAUACUUUAGGCUGUUUAUCAACUGGCUUCAUGACCUUGCUUGUCAUGAUCCUGUGCUUGACGGUGUUAAUUUCCAGGUUUUAACAUCUUUUGCAAAUGCUUUCCAUGCUUUGCAACCGCUGAAAGUUCCUGGUUUCAGCUUUGCAUGGCUCGAGUUGAUUAGCCACAGAAGCUUUAUGCCAAAGUUGCUUACAAUCAAUUCUUUAAAGGGUUGGCCAUUUUUCCAGCGAUUACUUGUUGACCUAUUCAAAUUUGUUGAGCCAUAUCUGAGAAACGCUGAGCUGAGUGAAUCGGUUCAAUCUUAUUACAAAGGGACGCUUAGGGUUCUUCUAGUUCUUUUGCAUGAUUUUCCUGAAUUUCUCUGUGACUAUCAUUUCAGUUUUUGUGAUGUUAUACCUCCAAGUUGUAUCCAAAUGCGUAAUGUUAUUCUUAGUGCUUUUCCACAGAAAAUGAGACUUCCUGAUCCAUCAACGCCUAACUUAAAGAUUGAUCUUCUAACUGAAAUCAGCCAAUCACCUCAGAUUUUGUCCGACGUUGAGGGUGCUCUCAAGUCAAAACAGAUUAAGUCUGAUGUUGAUGAGUACCUCAUGACGAGAUCAGAGGGGUCUUCAUUCUUAGCUGAGCUGAAACAGAGGUUGCUGCUUUCCCCAAGCGAAGCAAGCUUGGCAGGAACUCGUUAUAAUGUGCCGCUGAUAAACUCACUGGUGCUAUAUGUAGGCAUGCAGGCGAUUCAACAGCUGCAGAGCAGAUCCAGUCAGCCUUCGUCCGCCCAACAGAUAACUCAAAACCCUCCUAUGGAUAUAAUGCUUGUUGGUGCUGCAAUGGAUAUCUUUCAAAGUUUAAUAAAGAAUUUGGAUCCCGAGGGUCGAUAUCUAUUCCUCAAUGCUGUUGCUAACCAGCUGCGCUACCCAAACAACCAUACCCAUUAUUUUUCCUUUGUUCUUCUCUAUCUUUUUGGGGAGAAAAACCAGGAACCUAUUCAGGAGCAGAUUACGAGGGUCCUCUUGGAGCGCUUGAUAGUCAACCGCCCUCAUCCUUGGGGCCUUCUUAUUACUUUCAUUGAACUUAUCAAGAAUCCAAGAUACAGCUUCUGGAGUCGAUCCUUCACCAGGUGCGCCCCAGAAAUUGAGAAGCUAUUUGAGACCGUAUCAAGAUCCUGCGGAGGUCCAAAAACAGUGGACGAUGGAAUGGUCCCAGCCACCCUCCCCGAUGGCAACCACUGAUUAUUGUUGAUUCAACUUUUCAUUUUUAUUUUUUUCAUUUUUUUUCUCUUCUGUUUUGUAGCUAUGUACUGCAUGCAAUUGUUGACGUUAAAUAAUCCUUUUGACUGUUGAUUGUUUCUUUAAUGUAUUCCAUAGUUUACAGGCAUUGUACAUCAUGUACAGCUCAUUCAAUCGGAUUUGUUGACAAUUGUUACCAUGAAAUUGCAUGGUUCAUUUAUUUGGUU